AUGUUAAUUAGAUUUAGAACGAAAGAUGGGAUGCAAAGAAUUCCCUGUGAACCAACUGAUUUAUUUGGUACCUUAAUGGACAAAUUAUUACCACAUCUAAAUCCCCGUGCAGAUAUCCAGUCAUUUACUGUAGACGAUAAACCUGGCUUAUCUGGUAAUCCAGUUUCUGAAUUACUCAAUCGUGAUGUUACAGAUUUAGGAUUGAAGCAUGGUGAUAUAGUUUAUGUUAAUUAUAAAGAGAAGCAAGAUGGUAUUGCAGAUGCAAAUGGAAAUGACAGUAUGAAAUCCUACCAAUCGGGGAGUGUUAAACUUAAUGGUGAAACUGUAUCUAUCCCUACAAUGGAGAAGAAAAGUAUCACGAAAGAGCUUCCAAUUGAUGAAGAACUGGAGAAAGAAGAUGGUUUAAUUCCUCGACAGAGAUCCUCCCUUUGUAAACAUGGUGAUAAGGGGAUGUGCGAAUAUUGUUCGCCCUUACCACCUUGGGAUAAAGAGUACCAUGAGAAAAAUAACAUUAAGCACAUUUCAUUUCAUUCCUACCUAAAGAAAUUGAAUCAAGCCACUAAUAAGAAAGAAUCAGGUAGUUCUUAUAUAGCGCCUUUAAGUCAACCCAACUUUAAAAUUGACAAACAUUGUUCCAAUGGACACGAACCAUGGCCACAUGGAAUUUGUUCGAAAUGUCAACCUUCAGCAAUCACAUUAGAACAACAGUCAUUUAGGAUGGUUGAUCAUGUGGAAUUCCAGAAAAGUUCAUUAAUUAAUGAAUUCAUUGAAUCCUGGAGAUACACUGGUAUGCAAAGGUUUGCCUUUAUGUAUGGUAGCUAUGAAAAAUACGAUUCAACACCGUUAGGUAUUAAAGCUAUUAUAGAAGCCAUUUAUGAACCACCACAACAUGACGAACAAGAUGGAUUAACUCUCGAUAUAGAACAAACCAGACAAGAGAUGGAUGAAAUCGAUAAAUUGGCUAAAACGAUGGGACUUUCUCGUGUUGGUGUGAUUUUCACAGACUUAACAGAUGCAGGUAAUGGUGAUGGUUCUGUUUUCUGUAAAAGGCAUAAGGAUUCCUUUUUCCUUUCAUCGUUAGAAGUAAUAAUGGCUGCGAAGUACCAAAAGAGACAUCCUAAUGUUAGUAAAUAUAGUGAACAAGGUAUAUUUUCAUCCAAAUUCGUUACGUGUGUAGUCAGUGGUAAUACAGAAGGGGAAAUUGAUAUAUCCAGUUACCAAGUUUCUACAGCAGCAGAGGCUCUAGUUGAUGCUACCAUGAUCAGUGGAUCUACACAUCCAUCAAUGGCCUACAUUAAUGAAACUACAAACGAUAGAUAUGUCCCUGAAAUAUUUUAUAUGAAGAAGAAUGAAUAUGGAUUAACUGUUAAAGAAAAUGCAAAACCUGCUUUCCCCGUGGACUACCUAUUAGUUUCAUUGACCCAUGGAUUCCCCAUAGAUGAUACCGUCAGUGGGAAAUUCAGAACAAUUCAAGGAUUCCCAUGGGCUAAUAGACAAUCUAUGGGACAAUCGCAAGAUUAUCAAGAGUUGAAGAAAUAUAUAUAUCAAUCUGCAAUUGCCGGCGAUUUCAAUGUCUUGCAUGAUAGGAUAUCCAAUUUCCAUUUCCUAUUGUAUGUACAUACGUUACAAAUCUUAUCUGAAGAUGAAUGGGCAUUGCUGGUAAUAGCAGCAUCGAGCAAGACUGAGUUUGAAGAGCCAUUGUUACAAUUAGUAUCUACUGCGGGAUGGCAAACAUUAGUGAUGAUUUUACAAGAGAGCUCAUAG